AUGGAGUUUCCCAUUGAAAUGGCCCUGUUCCAGCCAUUGUACAGCGAGUCUACCGACCAGGACCUCCACACGCUAGCCGCCCAGCCCUCGUUCGACUACGAGCCCGAUUUCGAUACUCGUGGGUCUGCUUCCAACGCCACCCACCACAACCUGCAAAACACUCACCUCCACCACAACCCCCAAAACCACAACCACCCCAACCUUCAAAACCACCCAGACUCCCUCAACCUCAACGACGAGAUCUUCCUCGCCAACGAGCUCUCCUACAGCGACCUCGCCCAGAUGUCGCUGGACUACAACUACCACUUUGCCGCCAGGGGCUUGUCGUCGCCGCUGGUGUCGCUGGCGUCGUCGAUCCCCAUGGCGGUGUCGUACGACGCGGGCAUGUUUCCCUCCAUCAACACCCCCCAGGUGGAGGUGCUGCCACAGCUCCCGUUGACGUCGCCGCUCCACGGGUUCCACCGCCACCACUCGACCACCAUUCCCGUAGAUCAGCUCAAUCUCCUCUCCAUCAAGACCAUGGCAGCGCCACCGCUGGCGUCGUCCACCGAGCAGGUGUCCAAGUCGCCCUCGCCAGACUACUACUACACCACGGGAAGCCACGGCAAAGAAGCCUCGUCGUCGUCCACGCUUGGCCAGGACGGCUUUGACUUCGACAAGUUGGCCGAGGAAAUGGGCUACAAGGAAAUGGGCUACAAGGGUGAAAACCCCUACUCCAAGACCUCGGAAUUGGAGUAUAAAGCCUCGGAAAUGCCAUAUUCUAAAGCCAAGGACGAUACUCCCUACUCCAGGGCCUCGGAAAUGAACUAUUCCAAGGGUGGUUUGGGGUAUGAUAAAGCCUCGGAAAUGCCCUUCUCCAAGAGCGAAAUCUCCUCCGUUCCCUAUCCCAACCCAGACGUGCUGCCCAAGACCCCAGCCGUCCCCCAAUCCUCGGAUGCCGCCCGCACUAUCAACCCCCGUGAGUUGUUCACCUCCAGCAAGAUCCCCACUUCUCUUUCGUCGCCUGCUCUCACCACGUUGUACGCCCUCAACGGCUCCCACACCUCCCACACCUCGUCAACGAACCCCCUCCCUCAGUCCAUCAACUUCAAAGGCUUCUCAGCCUCCUCGGGGUUCCCCAACAUCCCCAACUUGCCCAACCAGGCGUUGAGCUCGGGUAUGGCCUCCAAGAGCUCGGUCAGAGCCCCCAAAUUCGACUUUAAGAUGAACGACGAGUGUUACAACGCCAUCUCUUACUGGUUAAACAACACGCUCCUGUCAGCGGAGUCUGAAGACGAUCCUGAUGCCUUUGCAUCGGGCCCGGCCGACGAGGCCACCAAGAUCAUGGUGAACCCCACCGGAAUCAUCAAGGGCAACUAUGGAGCUACCAGAAGCAGACCACACUCAUUUUCCGCCUCUCAUUCGUCGUACGCAGGAGUCACCAAGAGAAGAAACUCGAUCCAAUUGUCCAACCCGUCCAGCUACACCCAGCAAGUGCCCACCCUCAAAAAAUUAGACAGCCAACAGAUGAACGAGGAGGACGAGGACGACGAGGUGAUUUUGGACUCUGCAGGGUCGUUCCACGAGAUUGCACCACCAUCCAUUCUUUCUGCGGGCCAGAAGAAUAAGAGAAGAAAGUCUUAUACCACCGAAGAUGCCAGUUCCCGUGGAUUCCUGGAGAAUCCCAAGUUGGAGGCAUCCAUGACUUACUCACAGAUGAACGCCCAGCCCCAAGCACCCAGAGCCAGAAAGACCUCCAGCCCCAACAUACAGCAAGAUGCGUUUGCAUCCACUUCCAAGUCCAAGGUGGUUUUGACCAGCAACGCCAACUCCAAUACCUCGGCCCCAGGAUCCGCCUCUGCCCACACCAUCCCUGCUUCGGUGCCUGUGGUGCCCAACGCGCAGGGAGCCUUUCCCUGCAGCGAGUGUGACAAGCAGUUCAAGCGUUCCGAACAUUUAAAGAGACACAUCCGCUCGGUGCACUCCAACAUCAGGCCCUUCCACUGCAAGUAUUGUGAUAAAAAGUUUUCGAGAUCGGACAACUUGGCCCAGCAUUUGAAGACCCACUACCGCGUGGACGCCAACGGCCAGACCACCAUCUUGUACGGCAACUCUGCCAGCCACGCCCGUGGACCUUCUGUGGGCUGA